AAUCCAAACACGCAGGUCUACGCUGCUAAAGCCAGUCUGAGAAGACCACAGCACCAGCACCAGCACCAGCACCAUGCCUAUGAUACUGGGAUACUGGAACGUCCGCGGUCUAACACACCCGGUCCGCCUGCUCCUGGAGUACACAGACUCAGGCUAUGAGGAGAAGAGAUACGUGAUGGGGGACGCUCCCGACUUUGACAGAAGCCAGUGGCUGAAUGAGAAAUUCAAGCUGGGCCUGGACUUUCCCAAUCUGCCUUAUUUAAUUGAUGGGUCACACAAGAUCACCCAGAGCAACGCCAUCCUGCGCUACCUUGCCCGCAAGCACCACCUGUGUGGGGAGACAGAGGAGGAGCAGAUUCACACAGACAUUGUGGAGAACCAGGUCAUGGACACCCGCAUGCAGCUCAUUAUGCUUUGCUACGGCCCUGACUUUGAGAAGCAGAAGCCAGAGUUCUUGAAGGCCAUCCCUGAGAAGAUGAAGCUCUACUCCGAGUUCCUGGGCAAGCGGCCAUGGUUUGCAGGGGACAAGAUCACCUAUGUGGAUUUCCUCGCUUAUGACAUCCUUGACCAGUACCGCAUGUUUGAGCCCAAGUGCCUGGAUGCCUUCCCAAACCUGAAGGACUUCCUGGCUCGCUUUGAGGGCCUGAAGAAGAUCUCCGCCUACAUGAAGAGCAGCCGCUUCCUCCCAGCACCCGUGUUUUCAAAGAAGGCACACUGGUCUAACAAGUAGGCCACUACCACACCGGCUCUCACCAGGAGGACCUGUCUACUCUGGUGAUCCUGCAGACCCUGAGGACAGCUGGCCUUCUGCACUGCUGCCUUCAUGUCCUCACAUCUCUGUCCUUCCCCUUCCGGUCUCCAGCUUUGUCAGCCCUGUCUC